GCAUUUGUAAAGCGUUUUCUCCUUGAGUGACCACAAACACACGCUCCAUUCAUUGCCUAUCGAUUCCGCAAGCGACGGAGCAAAUGAAAAUGAAGAUGCCCGAUAACAACAUCGGAGGAAGUAGCUCGAACACCUAUACCCACAUCACGAUAAACGCCGGAAUGCUGAAUCGGGCCGGAGUAGGAGCCGGAGGGGGAGGUGGUGGAGAUGCCGAUACGACGGCGGUCCGUAACACGACGGCCGGGAUCCACUACCCGCACGAUCCUUACGACUCGGACGCGGAAAGUUUGAGCACACCACCGAACGAAGGAACCACCACUGGCGCGGCGGACGAUUUCGCCGAGUACAUGUGGAUGGAAAAUGAGGACGAAUUUGAUAUGCAGGAGCUGCAGCGGCUAGAGGAGGAAGAGCUGAUGGACCAAUGCAUCGAGGCGAUGAUGAUGGAUGAGAUGGCAUCGGCCGAACUGAUGGCCUCGGCGGCGCUAGUUGGCAAUGUACCGAGGGAAAGUGGGCUGGUAAACAUACUGUCCAGCUUACAACUCGACAAAGACCAGCAGCAGCUGAUCCGCCAGCCGAAGGAUGUGAACGUUGAGAAAUCGACGCUAAAUCCGCUGGCCGCCGAAUUUGUGCCAUCGUUCGGGCAGCGAGCGCUCGUCGCACCGACGUCUUACUGAAUUACACACUUCGGAUGUAAAACAU